GGCCGCGGCGGGGAGCGGCGAGAGGCGGCGGCGCGAGCAGAGCGGCGCUCCCGGCCAAGAUGGCGCAGACGGUGAACGUGGGGGAGCUGACGCUGCCCCAGCUGGAGCUGCUCAAGGGGCAGCUCGACCAGGAGGUGGAAUUCCUCUCGUCCUCCAUCGCCCAGCUCAAGGUGGUGCAGACCAAGUACGUGGAGGCCAAGGACUGCCUGAAUGUGCUCACCAAGAGCAAUGAAGGCAAGGACCUGCUGGUGCCGCUCACCAGCUCUAUGUAUGUCCCUGGGAAGCUGUCGGACGUGGAGCACGUCCUGAUCGACGUGGGGACAGGAUACUAUGUGGAGAAGAGUGCCACAGCCGCCAGAGCCUUCUUCCAGCGCAAGGUGGACUUCCUGACCAAGCAGAUGGAGAAGAUCCAACCAGCCCUGCAGGAGAAGCACGCCAUGAAGCAGGCCGUGGUGGAAAUGAUGAGCCAGAAGAUCCAGCAGCUGACAGCCCUGGGAGCUGCCCAGGGAGCCACCACCAAGGCCUAGCCUUCAGCCUCAGGGCUCCUCCUCACUAUCACUGGCUGGGUUGGGGGG